AAUAUUAGCCGAAGAGUUGUAUUGUGAUCAGAUUCAAUGCCUACCCCACUCUCUAAAAUCUUGUUGCCGUGAUCCAUGGAACAAACUCUCCGUUUGUUUGGUUUCAUCUCCAUCCUCCUCUCUUAAACCCUACUACUAUACUGCAUAUACUUCAAAACCCUAUAUUUUUUCACCUCUUUGAAUUUCUUUGGGUUUAUUUAAUUUCUGUUGCAAUAUGGAUGGAUGGAAUGGAGAUCGGCUGUUUCCCACCGUGAACAACCGCAAUCUGCUGCCGGGUUCCGCAUUGCUCUCGCCGUCCGACAGCUACGGUUUGUUCCACGUAACUUCUGCUCCGGUGAUCGGAAAACACUUCCAGGUAAACCCUAAUAAUCUAACUACCAACGCGAAUGGGAUCCAUUCCAAUCCCUUUGAUCUCCUACCGGUUACCGGUAGAUUCCACGGCGGCGGCGGCGGCGGUAACAAUCCUUUCGCCAUUUCACCAGUUGCCGGCGGCGGCGGCGGCGGCGGCAAUAUUCAUCCUGCUCAAUUCGGCAUUAAACGUUACCCUAAUUCAAGCCUGGUGAACGACAGUUUCGAGUUUCUCGGAGACGCUACUGCAGAUUCGAACUUCAGGAUCGGCGUCCGGAGCCUGAUGACCGACCGGAUUCCGUCCGCCGCCGGUUACAAGACCAGAGACGGCGCGCUAUCUCUCCAUGAAUUAGAACACGCUCUUCGUGAAACCAGCAAUUUCAACCUCAAUUUCAGUAGCAGAAACAACGGAUAUAGCAGAUUGGGAAGCAGCAACAACAACAACAUCAACCUCAACCUACAACCACCCUCCAUUAACCGCAGUCCCCGACAACCUCAGCCGCAGGUCAUGAAUUUCUCCACUCUCGAAGACCUGAGAGGCAAGGUUUUGCUGGUGAUCAAGGACCAGCAAAGCUGCCGAUUCUUGCAGCAGAAGCUGGAGGAAGGUAAACCCGAGGAAGUGGAGAUGAUCUUCUCCGAGGUUAAGAAUUGCGUCCGUGAAUUAAUGAUCGAUCAGUCCGGGAACUAUCUGAUUCAGAAGCUUUUCCAGGUCUGCAACGCCCCACAAAUGUCUGAAUUACUCGUCUCCACCGUCAGAGACGAUCGUCAACUCGUCGCCGUCUGUCUUGACAUGCAUGGGACGAGGGCGAUGCAGACAAUGCUGCAGCACCUUACAACAAUGGAGCAAAGAGCUUUGGUUGUCUCAGUUCUAAGGCGCAUCACAGUAACCUUGACAAAAAGCGUCAAUGGACAUCAUGUGAUUCAACACUGUGUCAAGUUCUUCUCCGAUGAAGAGAAGAAGCCAAUUCUGAGUGUGAUAGCAGACAACUGCCUGGACAUUGCAACGGACAAGAGUGGGUGUUGUGUUCUUCAACACUGUGUUGAAAACGCAGAUGGGCAAUCGCGAGAGCGCCUCGUGGCUGAAAUCACUGCAAAUUCCAUAGUCCUAUCUGAACAUCCUUAUGGGAAUUAUGUUGUGCAGAACAUUCUGGGACUGAAGAUACCACAUGUGACGUCGGAGAUCUUGAAACAGCUGCAAGGGAGCUUUGUUUCGUUGUCGAUGAACAAAUACGGGAGCAAUGUGGUGGAGAAGUGUUUGAAAGAGUCGGAGAAUGAACAGGCAAUGCAGGUGGUGGAGGAGAUCAUAUCCAGCCCAAAUUUCUUGAUGCUUCUUCAGGAUCAAUAUGGCAACUAUGUUGCCCAAUCUGCACUCGCAAUAUGCAAGGGAUCUACCCGGCAUGCAAUGGUUAAUCUCAUAAACAUGCAUUAUAACUACUUGCACAGCCAUCCCUACGGGAAGAGGGUGCUGGCAAAGACCAGAGGGAACAAGCAGCAGCUGCAUGGAUGAGCAACAAAACCCAUAUAUGUUUGUAAGCUGUGUAGGAUGAGAGAUUGAGAGAGAGAGAAUGGUGGUGGUGGAUAUAUGCAUGCAUGGGAUUAUUAUAUAACAACGUAUCGAUCGCUGUGUCACUACGUACGUACACUAUGUUGUCAGCUUUAAGUUUGUGAGUCUUAUUAGAUCGAAAUGGUUUGUUGCUUGUAGUUUUUCAAGUGUCAUUGUGAUUCUGCUCCUUUGGUAUAUAUAUAUAUGUAUGCUGAUAGAGCAGAUGUAAAAUAAAUUAGUUUUGUUUAGUCCGGAUUGGAUAAUUGUAUUAAUUGUCUGCAUC